AUGAUUUUAUUAAAUUUAUUACACCUUAGUAUUGCUAAUGAAAUAACAAUCACAUAUGAAGAACUUAUUAAAAUGAAAGAAGAAGAAAGAUUACAGAUACAAAUAGCAAAUCUUACUUAUUAUUUAGAUAAAAAACAAGAUUCUAUUAAAGAAGAAAAACUUAAUGAGCACAAUAUGUUAUUACCUUUAAAUGAGAGAAAUAAUUCAUCAUCAAUUAAAGAAAAUUUGGGAUCAAGUCUGAAAUUUUCCCCCUGA